AAUUCCUGUUUUGUCUUUCCAUGGCUCUAGGAAGAAGAGUUUAAAUGGCUUUUGCAAGAGGAGGUUCAUGGUGUCCUGAGACAGCUGCAGGAUAUUCUGAAGGAGGCUUCUCACAGGUUUGCUUUGCCUGUCGGUGGCACAGAAGGACCAGUCAAACAGGAGAACUUCAUUCUGGGCACUUCCAACGCGGACCAAGUGAAAGGAGUGCUGAUGCUGCAGGGAGAUGCCCUGUGCCAGGCUGACAUUAAUUUGAAAAUGCCCAGAACCAAUCAGCUCCUGCACUUCACGUUCCGCGAAGACAAGCAGUGGAAAUUGCAGCAGAUCCAGGAUGCUAGAAACCACGUUAACCAGGCAAUUUACCUGCUCACGAACCGAGAUGUAAACUACCAGUUCAGAACGGGCUCAGAGGUCCUGAAGCUGAUGGAUGCGGUGAUGUUACAGCUGACACGCGCUCGCAACCGGCUCACUACUCCGGCCACCUUGACGCUGCCGGAAAUUGCCUCCAGCGGCCUUACGAAAAUGUUCACCCCUGCUCUGCCCUCCGACAUCCUUGUGAAUUUCUACGUCAACCUGAAUAAGUUGUGUUUGACCGUCUACCAGCUCCACGCACUGCAGCCCAAUUCCACCAAGAACUUCAGACCUGCUGGAGGAUCCAUUCUGCAUAACCCUGGGGCUAUGUUUGAGUUUGGCAGCCAACGAUACGAAGUCAGCCAUGUCCAUAAAGUGGAGUGUGUGGUCCCCUGGCUAAACGACGCCCUGGUCUUCUUCACGGUCUCGCUACAGCUCUGCCAGCAGCUGAAGGACAAGAUCUCUGUCUUCUCCAGCUACUGGAACUACAGGCCAUACUAAUCCUCCCUGGAGGGUGCGACCCUACACGGCCCCAAGCACUACUGCCCUGCUCCUCUCGGAGGAGACCGCUGUGAGCCAGCCUGCGAGGCGUGCCAGGUCGCACCUGCCUGUGUCCUGCCAUGCAACAGGCUCAGUGCUCGCCAGAGACGUCACCCGUGGGAGCUGCUUUGCUUCAGACCUCAGGGUUCACCACAUGGCAGCACCGCCAGUGCCCCAGCAGUGCCGUGCCGUGGAUGGUGAGCUUGCUCCUGUCUGUGUAUUAACGUUAGAAUGUUACUCUGCACCUUUGGAGCCCCUGGUGAGUUACGUGGACCAGGCCCGAGGGGCAGACCAUGAGCCAGGAAAGCUAAUGUAAUUUGCACAUAGCCUAGGGAUUGCUGGGCCAGGAGCAGGGCUGGGGCACAACAGACAAACACUAACUGGGCAGGCUGAGUGCUUGUCCGUGUGCAGCACGACAUGGAUCUAGCAUGGUCCAGCAGGGUUUCUGACCGGCCCCAAGACUCAUCCCUUCCUGUCUCAGACCCUCCCCGGCACCUGUCCAGCUGUUUCCUGGAAUUUGUUUUGAGAUGUUCUUGUUUGCAGCUGUUACUUCUUCUCCCUGGCACCAAUGUGACUGGAUUUCUCCUUGUUUGAGCCCCAGGUGAGCCGGGCGUUUCUGUCUGUUCAAACAUAGCUUCUGCUCACCAUUUGCACAUAACCCUCUCCCUGGCGGAGCCUCUGUGCCAGGUCUUCCGUCGUACAGUCUCUGCAAUGUGCCUCAUGGCGAUGCUAAACGCAGAUCUGUGGACACGAUCAUGUUGUUCCUGUAGAAGGAUGGUGGUUUGCUGCCUGUACCUUAUUGAUGCUACAAUGUCUGAAUCACCCCUGUAACCAGUUGUGAAAUAAAGUCCCUCAGAUCAA